CACCUCUUUACUGAAUGAUAAGAGAUUGUGAUUUGUUUACCAAUACAUCUGAUAAGCUUUCAGUUUGAGAUAGCUCAGUGAUAUCGCCUCCAUAUCAGUUGUAUGUGCUCCGUUCUGAUGGAGUUUAAUUUCAUCGUUCUCUUUUCUUCUGUCAUCUCACACUUGAUUUCGCUUACAUCCGGAGCUGGGAAAUCCAUCAGCAACUCAGACUUUGGGUUCAACUCUAAGGAAUCGACUUUUGUGGACAAAUCGUUAUUCAUCAAGGAACUCGCUGAGGAGUUUGGCAACAAGAUCGUGAUAACAGCUCCACGUGGUUUCGGGAAAACAGCAAAUCUCCACAUGUUAAAGGCUUUUCUGCAGCUGGAAGUGGAUAAAAAUGGCAACAGGAUAACUUCCAUUACGGAUAAGAACAAGCCGAUCAAAGACACCCCAAACUAUAAACUCUUCAGUCAGUUGAAGGUGAAGGAUUUUCCAGGCCUGAUGACACGACACUUUGGUAAAUAUCCUGUAAUCCAUGUAGACUUAAGAAGUAUUGUGAGGUUCCUCUACUUCAACGAAACCCAGGACUUUUUCAAGGAAGUCAUGCACGAAACUUACUCCGAACAUUGCUACUUGGGGGAUAGCAAUAAACUGUUUGACGAUGAGAAAGAUUUUGUCCGACUGUGGUGUUCUGCUAAGUACGUCGAGGAAGAUAUGGGGUCUCUAAUGCCUGGUUUAGAAAAGUUGUCAAAAUAUUUGUUCAAGCAUUUUGAUAGAACGAGAGUUGUGAUAUUGGUUGACCAUUACGAUUCCCCAGUCUACAAUUGUAUCUUUGACUCGGACUCUCCAGGAUCAGUGUUCAAUUAUGUACUGAAUGUAGUCCAGAUGCUCUUCAACAUAAAGAAGGAUGACUUUUACGUGGACACGUUCUUCAUUACAGGGAUUUCUCAAAUUGAAGAAUCGCACUUCUCCAAUGAUAAAAUCAUAAAGAGAUACCAAUUUCUGAAUGAGCACAAGUUCGUUCCAUUCUAUGGUCUCUUGGAAGACGAAGUGUUCGAUCUGUUGGGAAGGUACACGAUCGAAGUGGACAACAAUAUCUUUGAUAACGUCCAGAACAACUACGGCGGUUACGUCAGCAUCUGCAACACCACGGUACACAAUGUUUGGGCAAUCCUUCAGUAUCUUCAGAAACAGAAGUUGGACCACGUUUGGGCUCGAGGAAGCGACAUCCCCAACAUGAACCACCUCCUGAAAAUUCCGGAUAUCCGACAGAAACUGGAGUUGCUCCUGAAAGGUAGUCCUGUAGUCAUGGAACUGAGAUGGUCUUUCUCCAGUGAGGCACUCAAAAUAUUGAGGGAUCUGCUGAUAGAUCCUCAUGCGAAGGAACAUCUGUGGUAUACAACUCUGUUUUACUCGCUCAUGUUCGAGCAGGGCUUCUUGGCCUAUGACCCGGAAGUGAAGUCUGCCAUCAGUAACGCCAGGAGGUACGUCAUCCCAAACGAAGAAGUCAAACAAUUCCUGUGGACGGAAUUGAAUGAAUGACUAGACGUGGGUGUUUUGCAUUGAACUCAUCUUCAUCCCAAAUAGCUCUCUUGCUAAAUACUUCUUAUUGUGAUGAAUAACUCGUGUUGGAAAUAAUUCCAGAAUUAUAUUUUCUUCUGGAACACAAAAUCGUAGAAAAAGUACUUGUCAAAAUUUACUCGUAUUAUUACCAUAAUCAGUUAUAAGGAAUCAAAACUGGAACAUUUAUAUCACAAGAAAAACUAAGUCCAUUACUUUGAAAAUAUGAAAACUGUGCAGAUCUCUCUAGAAUUUGUUUAUCACUUUGUGGGAACUAUUACUGUAUUUAUAAUAGCUAUAAUAACCUGAUUAAUUAAACCUAUUCACGUUAUUUUUAGAGGCAAAAAAACAUUUGUACACUUACAUAAAAGUUAAUGUAAAAUGUUGUAUAAAUUACAUUGUUUAAUGUAAGAAUAA